UCCCAGGAAGUCCAAAAGUUUUCCAUCUGGGCAGCAGGCUGCGGUGGGAGGAGGCACUCUGAGGAAUAACUGGGGUCUCAGCCAAGGCGGCACGACACAGUUUGAACUGCAGCACUUUUGUUUUCUGUGUACUCUCGCAACAAUCUCCCGCUGUCAGGGAGAAAAAACGGGCACGGAGCGAUGCGUAAAACCAGAUUUGCUCGGAAGGUUUUAACCAACUGCUGAGUUUGAGGGAUGUUUCGGAGAUGGCCUGAACUUUUCCUUUCUCCUGCGUCUUCUUCUCUGCAGCCUGCAGGUUUAGGAGUAGAAGAAGAGCUCGGAGCGGGGACACACUGGAAUUAAUUUCAGGUUGGACAACUCCUGCUUCAUAUUUUUUUUGCGUUUUCCUCUCCGGCCUGGGAGGAGAUGAGCGCUCAGGAUGGGACUGUGCCUCGGUACCGAAGUUACAGAGGAGGAGAAGAAGGCGAGGAUUCACAGCUCCAAGAUAGACCGAGACCUGUACGAAAGCGCAAAGCGGGAGAUGAAUGUGGUUAAAAUUCUCCUGUUAGGUGCAGCAGAAAGCGGAAAAAGCACUUUGGUCAAACAGAUGAAGAUCAUCCACAGUAAUGGCUUCAACAAGCAGGAGCUGAGCAGCUUUAAGCCUGCGGUCCUGGAUAACCUCCUGACCUCCAUGAAGUUCGUCCUGCAUGGAAUGGGAAUCCUCCGCAUCAACUUGGCCAACAGCAGGAACAAGGUCCAUGCCCAUUCUGUCCUGUCGUGUGGGCGGUGUUUUGACGAAGAACAGGUGCUGUUUCCUUUCCUGAGCCACGCCCUGUCCUGUCUGUGGGCCGACCAGGGGGUGAGGGCCGCGGCCGCCCGGGGAUACGAGUACGAGCUCAACGACUCGGCGCUGUAUUUCUUCGAGAACAUGAACCGCAUCACGUCUCCUGACUUCGUGCCCACGGAGACAGACGUCCUGCGAGUACGACUGAGGACGACGGGCGUCAUAGAGACCCAGUUCAAAGUCAACCACCUCAUUUUCAGGAUGUACGAUGUCGGAGGGCAGAGAACUGAACGAAGGAAGUGGAUCGGUUGUUUCGAGGAUGUCAGAGCAGUUCUGUUCGUGGUGUCGCUCAGCGGAUACGACAUGACCCUGGUAGAAGACCCCUCCAUGAAUCGUCUUCAGGAGAGCUUGAAACUCUUCUCCUCAAUCUGCAAUAAUGUCUUCUUCCGCAGCACAUCCAUGAUUUUAUUCAUGAACAAGAUAGACCUUUUUCAAGACAAGAUUUUACACUCUGGACGACAUCUGCGGUUGUAUUUGCCACAGUUUAAAGGUGCAGACUGCGACGUGGAUUCGGCCGCCCGCUUCAUCGCCGCCACCUUCGUCUCGCUCAACGACAAUCCCAGCAAACUCAUCUACCACCACUUCACCACGGCGACCGACACCUCCAACAUCCAGAUCGUCUUCCAGGUGGUCAUGGACACGAUAAUCAAGGAGAACCUGGAGGCGGUGUCGCUCCUGUGAACCCAGAGCGGCGGAAAGAGACCUCGCUGAACUGCAGAUAUCUCAUUUUAAAAGAGAAAUAUUUUUUAAAAAGGCAGUGAGGAUCAUCUCAUCCGAGGAUGUCGUCUGCUGCCUUCUUCUAUUCAGUCCAGGCUGGAAGCUCUGAUGCUCUUUGUUGCAUUUAAUCCUUUACUGCUGUCAAAAACUGUCUCUGAACACAUGAAGGUGAAGGACCACUUGGCCAAUCUUUUGGUUUUAGGUAGAGCCCUAUAAAAUAUUCACUUUAGCAAGCUUGUCUUUAAACCAGCGGGCAUUCAUGUGUUUUGUACUGUACUAUAAAAUCAAACCAUGAACAGUGACGUUGCUUUUUUCUGAAAACUUGAUGCAUUUAUGUUCAUUUGUGCCCUGUGCGGGGGCAAAAACUGAGGUGGGUGAGGAUUUACUGUCUGAUCGUUGACUUCCUUGGCUCACUCAUGCAUACCAUCAUGUGUUUUCCGCUCAUCCAUCACUGUGUCUCCGCUGUGCAGAUGCUGUGCGUCACACCCUCCUAAUGAGCAGCUGAUCACUGUGAAAGCAGCACUAGUUUGUGUUUACUUGAGCUGAAAUCACCCACACGGCGUGCCUUUUAAUCUGAGCCUUCACCCACUCUCCAGACUCUCUUCAAUCAGCGAUGAUGCUGAGAAAAACGAAUAUCAGAAAGUGUGUGUUUGGGGGAAAGAAACAGCCCUGAAGAGUCUGACUUGUUUUAUUCCCUUUCUUUCACUUGUGAUGGUUAUUGUUGCAGAAUCUGGCACACAUAAGCCCUGUUUGUUUGCUUUUUGUUGUUGUUUUUCCAAGCAGGAUGAUGUCUCCUGCUUGUGAUUUGUGUGGCAUAAACUCUGCUGGGGUUUCUUUUGAGGGCUCCCCUGAGCAACCAGCUCUAUCAGCAGCUACUCUGACUCCAGUGAUAAACAAGAUGUGGAAAUAACUGAUGCAGCCUGAUAUGGAUACUGAAAGACGGGAGGAAAACACCCCCAAGUGCCUUAUGAUGAAGUGCUUUUACUGUUUUUUUUAUGUCAUUUAAAUGCUUCAUUCGUCUAUGAAAUGUUUUUCCUUCUUUUUCCACCUCCAGAAUUAAGUUUCAUAUUGUAUCUCUACUCUGCAAGUCUUGUGUUCUCAAAAAAAUGUUUUUAUGGUUUGUAUUGCAUUGAAAUUGCAGUACAAAAUAAAUAUGAGAUUCAUUUUAAAUUUUUCUUUGAGGUUGAUCAUGUAAAUUGAUAAAUCAGUAGUGCUGGAUCACUUAUGUUGACUUAAAGACAAAUUUAGACCACACAGCGGGUAACCAGUGUUUGUUGAUUUUAAUAGAUAAAAUAAAUAAAAGUACUUUCCAGGAAA